GAGUGCUGCAUCCGAAGGCGGACGAUCCAACUCGUCUUGUAGACGUAUGCGAUCUUGACUCGACUUUCGCCUCUUUGUCGAACUGCCUUACCGGGUUAGAACUUUACACCGGUGCUGAUAGCCGACAAGGAAAGCCCUAGGGAAGCGUAACAGGUGAAGAGUUUUACGUCGCGGAUCCAGCAGGUUCAGCUCAGCUAACGUUUCGGGUGGGAGCGAUUAUGGCGGGCGAGCGGUUCAAAAAACCAAUUUCCAACAUGGACCUUAGCUCCAAAGUGAGACAUGAUCCUUUUAGGAAGCUACCGCAUGUCGCUAUCUGCAACAUCCUUCAUCUACUAACCCCCAAGGGAUUGCUUGAUGUAGUCAGGGCUUCUUGGACAGUUUAUUUCCUUGUUCGUAACAAACAUUGUUUUUGGAAGAGCGCUCUUAAGAAGACUAUGCCCUGGUUCUUCGAGAUACCAGAACUGAUGCGCGUAGGCGCGUUGCGGCGACCAGAGCACUACAGGGGAAUAUACCUGUGGGCGGAAAGAAUUUGGCCACGCAAGAAGCUGACAGGGCCUUUGAUGAAUAUCGCAAACCGCCGGCGGAUUUGGGUAGUAUGCGAAGUAUUAGCCGAUAAUUACAUGGGAUGCUUUAAGCCAAAAACAAGCGAGUAUGAGUAUGAGGACGAUGGCGAGGAGGAAUAAUUGGAAUAACGGAUUGCUGCAUUGUUCGUUUUAGGCAAUAAAAAUGCAUCGAUACGACCAUCACGUGAUGACAAGUAUGACUUCAUAAUCCCGAGUUGCAG